GGCGGGGUCGGAGCCGUCACGUGCCCGCCGCCGCGGAAACCCGCCGCGGGUCACGUGCCCGCGGAAACCCCGCCACGGGUCACGUGCCCAGAGCUCGUGCCGCGUUGUCCGCAGCGGCGGCGAUGGCGGUGGUGUCUGGGGAGACGGAGCGCCUGGAGGCUGAGCUGACGUGUGCCGUUUGCCUGGACCUGUUCCGGGAGCCGGUGACGGCGCCGUGCGGCCACAAUUUCUGCCGGAGCUGCCUGGCGCAGUUCUGGGCCGGGGACCGGCACCACCUCCUCGGCUUCACCUGCCCGCAGUGCCGCCGUCACUUCUCCGAGAGGCCCGAGCUGCAGCCCAACCGUGUCCUGUGCGCCGUGGUCGAGGAGUUCGAGCGGAGCCGGGCCCAGGCCGAGCCCAAGACCCAGGUCGCUGAGGCCGAGCCGCCGCCUGCCGUGGCCUGCGAUGCGUGUCCUCCCGGAGCCGGGGCCUUGGCGGUCCGCAGCUGCCUGACUUGCCUGGCCUCCUUCUGCGCUGAGCACCUGGAGCCGCACCAACAGAGCGCGGCCUUCCGCACCCACAACCUGCAGCCCCCGCUGGCUGACCUGGCCGAGCGCCUCUGCCCCAGCCAUGGCAACCUGCUCGAAUUCUACUGUCGCCCCCACAGCAGCUGCAUCUGCGCCGCCUGCCUCCUGGAUCACCGCGGCUGUGACACCCAGAGAAUGGAGGAGGCCCGAAGGCAGCAGGAGGCAAAUCUGAACUACCAACGGCAGAGUCUGCAAUAUCAAAUCAUCCAAUUACAGCAUCACCUGGAGCUGAUGCAGUAUAAGAAACAGCACCUCACGGAUUCCACUGUGAAGCAGAAAUCGGCACUUUCCAGUGAAUUUAAUGAGAUAAAAACUCUAAUACAGGAAGAGGAGAAGAUUGCUGCUAAACUGAUUGAGGAAGAGGAGAACAAAGCAGCGAGCCAGGUUGCUGAUGCACUUGAUCAGAUCAACACCCAGCUUGAUAAACUGAAAGAAUACAAGGAGCAGGUUGACUCACUGCUAUCCCACACUGGUAGCAUGCACUUCUGGAAGAGCAUUGCUAAACUUCCCGCAAUCUCAUUGAAAGCGUGUACACCACCCGAUCCAGCCGGAGUGGAUGUCAGGAAAGUGGAGCUUGUUACAAAAGUGGCUUCUGCAUUGAAGCAGGUUCUGAUUCGGAAGUUGAAGUGUCCACUGCAGCAGAGAAUGUGUCAAGUGGAACAGGCCGAGAAAAACAAACUUCAGCCAUCAGCCAGCCCAGACCAGGGACUGGAAACAAAGAAAACCAAGGCUAAAGCAUCAAACAAUCCAGACCAAGGGUCAGCUACAGACCAACAAGACACAGAAAGUUCCCCUCAGCGUCCACAGGACACUAAACCAGAUCAAGCAUCUAACCCUGCUGAGGGCAAGCAUGCUAAAAAGAAGAAAACCAAGGCUAAAGUGGCAAAUAAUCCAGACCAAGGGUCAGCUACAGACCAGGGAAAAGAAGAAAAUUUUAAUAAUUUCUCAUCGUACGCCACAGAGACAACAAAGGCUAAAGCGUCAAACAGUCAAAAGUCUGCUUUGGGUGCAGAGCAGCAAGAGGAGUACAGAAAACCGUUACCUGUCAUUCUCCCAGCCAGUCGAUAUGAGUUGCUGCAGUGUAAAUCGAAGGUCACUUUUGAUCACCGGACUGCCCACAAGAAGCUGCUCAUACGUGAUGACUACACCCGCCUGUGUGUGGCAGAGCAGCUACAGCCCUACCCUGACCUGCCCACAAGGUUCAUCAACUGUGCCCAGGUGCUAGGACUACAGAACUUCUCAAAUGGUUGUCAUUACUGGGAGGUGAACAAUGAGGACAGCACUCUCUGGGCGAUUGGGCUUGCUUGCAUUGGCAUGGAUAGGAAAGGUGGCAGGAGUCGCCUAGGAAGAAACCCACUGAGCUGGUGCCUGGAGAGAUUUGGCCAGAAGCUGUCAGUUUGGCACAGAGACCAGGAAGCUGUCCUGUAUGUUUCUCCACCCAGAGUAGUCGGAGUUUACCUCAACUGUAACCAAGGAAUUAUGGCCUUUUAUUCAGUCGCUGAUUCUGUGACACAGCUGUUUCAUUUCAAAGUGGAGUUUCAGAGCCGGGUUUACCCUGCUUUCUGGCUGGGCAGCAGUGGUACUACCCUCUCUCUUGUUCAGUUCUAAAUGUUCUUGCUUUGUCUGACCCUGGUUCAUUCCUAUGGCCCAUUCUCCCCAAUUAGUUUUCUACUUUUAAAAUAUAGUUUGAGAAGAUUAUAUAAAUAUAAUCCAGCAUUAAUGGCCUGAUCACAUCUGGGGGGAAAACAACAAAACGUAAAGUUUUGUGUUGAACAUGGAGAGUCCUAUUCAGUUUGAAACAUACCUCUGGUUCGCUGUCCUUCACAGGUGAUGCCUGACUGCUGUGUUUUUCCAGCACUUUGGGAUGCUGGAAAUCAGAUUAAAAACACUAUUUUUACUUCAUCUCUAAUGCCUUUGGGAAUUGGGUAGAUUUGGAGUGGAGUGGCACUGAGCUUCACUUCGUAACCUUGAUAUAGUGACAGAAACAGACCUGUCCCUAUCUGGUACGCUCUGCCAUGUCUGAGGCUAAAUCUCAUUCUCAAUUGUUUGAUAAGUCUGCCAGGGUCUAGCAUGAGGGGUGAUCUUAUUGCAGCUUAUAGACCCUGAAGGGAAUUGGCAGGAACAGCACUGAUAAUGUGUUUGUGGGGGAAAUUAGAAUAAGAGAGAAUUUAAAAACGAGAGGUUAAAAUGUGAGAAAUUUUCUUUGCGGUCAUGUGUUUUUGGAGUUCCCUCCUCAGAACAGGCUGGGUCAUUGAAAUUAUUUAUGGCAGUGUGGUGGUGUCUAGGCUCAUGGGGAACAGACAGGAAAGCGGAGUUGAGACCGCAGUCAGAAUGGUGGAGCACACUGGAAGGGCUGAAUGGUCUGUUCCUGUUCCAGUGAGGCCAGAGGUGGAGAUGGUUGCUGGUAUUCACCAAUCAUGACCCAUCAGACACUGAAGCAGCCCAUGUCCAUUUGCAGCAACACCUGCACAAUAUCCAAAAAGCCUUUCCAAAUCUAUCAAUGUUCAGCACUGGGUGUUCUGAGUGGUGGAAAAUCUUGGUGAGGGGCAGGUGCCUGGAGACUGUCCUCAGGGCACACCGUUGUGGAGCUGCAGGGUUAGAGACCAGGGGCAUUGCAAUGUCUCUCACCCAUCAUAUCAAACAGCUAGAUGAGAGAAGGAAUUGGCAGAGAGGGUCUGCGGUGUUGGAGUUACUGCCUUUCAUUGAUAUUAGUAUAAGGGAACAAUUCAUAUUUUUCCAUGACACUUUGCAGAGUUUUAAAGAUGCCUUUUUGAUUGUGGAGUGCUGUGUGCAGUUUUGGUCUGCUUAUCUCAGGAAAGUUAUUGCCAUGGAGGGAGAUCGGCAAGGAUUCACCAGCCUUGCUCCUGGGAUUGCAGGAAGAGACUGUGGCUGACUGGACGUGUUUUCUGCAGUUUUGAAGAAUCAGAGGUGAUCUUAUUGAAACCUACAGAAUAAUUAAAGGAGUAGAGAGGUAGAAGCAAGUAAGUUAAUUCCCUAGUUGGAAACACUCAAACUUGGGGCAUAAUUUAAAAACCAGGGGAAUAUCACUUGGGCCCAAGAUGAAGGAUUUUUUUUGAGGGUGGUGAGCCCUUUGGAAUUCUCUAGCACUUAAGGCUGUGUCUUUCAGUAUUUUUAAGGUAGAGUAUGACAAAUUUCUGAUUCCCAGUGAUGUGCAGGGUUAAUGGGCUGGGUAAAAGUCAUUGAAGUGUUCAAACAACCAUAAUCGUACUGAAUGGUGGGAUUGGCUCUAUGGGCUGAAUGGCCUACUCCUCUAAUGGUCACCAGUCAGUCACAAGUCCACAACUUGAUCUGUACUGUGUCUGUGAUUGGUAAAUUAUCCAGGCUGUAAUAAACUGCACAAUGCUCAGGAGUUCAUCACCUUGACUAUUCUCCCCAGUCUACUGCAAUCACUGUCCAUUAAUGCAAGCAUGGUUACUUAGUGCUAGUUACGGCAGCGCCUAGUGAUGGAUAGAUUGGUUCCCAGUGCUAAUUAUAUUUGUACUAGAUUCUAAAUACAUUGGUUGUGUCAUUUUUAUUUUGAGCUAAUUACACCAUGAUUAGAUAUCAGUGCCCAGUCCUGGUUAUAUUGAUGUUAUGCACUAGUAGUGGUUGUCACAUGAUGAUUUUGGCAUUGUAAAUGAUUCUUAAUUUGCAAAUGACAACAGACUGGAGCAGUGAGAAGAGGAUGAGGAGAACUUGGAAUCGUUUGCAAGGGGGACGUUAAUAAACUUGCUAAAAAGAGCACUCCCUCUUCCAUGAAUACAUUUGUGCCUGGUGUCAUUGGAGAGGGAGCAUGCGGUGUCCAUCAGUGCUCUCAAUGCCUUUUAAGGAGAAGUGGGCAUCAUGUGGGAUACAGUGCUUCACCUUCUCUCUCCCCCCUGCCCUAUUUUGAGUCAAUCCACUCCCCCACCCCACCACACAUGAGCACACAUUUGCCUUUGGUUCUCAUUGCCCAUGGUGGGCGUUGCAUAUAAAUAUUUAAUUGGUUACAUGGAUACACUGGUCAGUAGGUUUAAAAAGAAGUUACUGGUUUUGGUGGUGGGAAGGUCGCUUUAUGUGAUUGGACUUCUGGAUAGAAUCGGGGGGAAAAUAAAUUUAAGUUCAACACUGAAAUGAGAGCGAAUGCAUUCUGAUAAAUCUGUUUGCAUAUUAAUUUUAUGGAUAAGAAUAUAAAAGGGUUGUAGCUGGAAAUAAAUUCCAGGAUAAAAAAUACACAGAUUUUUUAAAAAUGACAACAGGCUAGUAAGGUCAUAAAACUGCCAAUCAAUCAGGCACUGGCUCUAUUUCUAAAGGGUAACAGUUGGAAAGUCUUUUGAUUCCAUUAACCUUGACUCAAACUGCAGUAUCAUUAAUAGAUACCUAUAGUAUCUAGUUUAUUUAAAAUGAUGGAGUGGAUACAGAGUGUGUCUCCUUGUUUGGAGGGACGAGAGCAGAACUAUAAGCUGUUAAUGAGAGUCACAUAGAAAUCCAGUCAGGGAUUUAGACAAAACCUGUUCCCCAUAGAGUGGAGAGAGGUGGAACUGGCUGCCACAGAGUGAGCGAAAUAAUGUAUAAAAGGGGAAACUAGAACGAGCAGCAAAUACAGCAUUCCAGUGCUAGGUUUAGAUGUGAAAAGGUGGCAGACUUGAAUGAAGCAUAAACUUGUACAUGGACUGGAAUAGACAGUGUCUGUGUCGUGAAUCCUAUUGAAUUAUUCCAAUGCGGAUUAUAAUGGUACCCACUGCCACUUCACCAGGGCCUUGUCUUCAAUGUGGAAACAUUGUGUAUCUUUUUAAUCCAGUAUGGUUGAGGGGAUCAUUUGUGUGUUUCAAUGCUCCAAGUUCCAAUUCUCACCUUGGUGACUUAGCUCACGCCAUCACAGUGACAAUCGCUUUACAAUGCAGACACUUGCUUCAGAGCUUAAAUUUUUUAAAGUUUUACUUUUUGGGGGUUUUCAGUUUUCAUUCAAAUGCUUUUCAGUAUGAGAUUGGGACUUGUGCAAUUCUUUCUACAUCUGGGAAACCAGCAGAAGGGGAAUUAUUGAAAUAUUCUGGAUUCAUUAAACUGCAGUUUACUCAACUUCUCAUCCUUAGUAAUAAGUAUUUCUGUAACAUUUUCCAGUUAUCUCUAGAUCUCUUCAAGCACUUAAGAGGCCCUUCUGCAGAUGUCAUGAAGUCUUGUUUUUCUGUGAAAUUAGAGGAUAAAUUUUAAUCUUGCUUCCAGUGAGGAUUUAUUUUCUCUUGUCAGUGUGGAGUAAUCAGAAAUCCUGGCUGUAAACGUGUAGCACAAGGAAAGCUGUAGUCACCCAUUUGUGCCUUGAGCUGAUCUCAAGCCCCUCACUGCUAAUGAAUGAGGAUAUUUACAGCUGACUUACGGAGUGAAUGAUUGAAAUUGUUAGUUGGGUUGUGAAUGGGGCAAGGGUCACUUGCUGAUUCUGAUGAAUAGUUGGUUCCUCUUGGAGAAGCAGAUUUUCUUUGACAGACAAGUUAUAUUUUUCAUACUGUAAAAACCUUGAAAUAAACAUUCCAAUCUAAA